AUUACAGUCCACAAAAGACAAACAGCAUGAGACCGCACCGAGAAAGCCUAACGACUAUGUCAAGUUCAGUCAGCCCAUUUUGAGAAGGAAGUGAAAUUAAACUCCUUUCUGGUCUCUUUCCUGCACUAGAAGCCAUGGCUGCUGCGAAUCCAGCAAAAACUCUCCAGGAUGAGGUGACCUGUCCCAUCUGUCUGGAAUAUUUUAAAGAUCCGGUGUCUCUAGACUGUGAUCACAGUUUCUGCCGAGCCUGCAUCACCCAGUGCUGGGGGAGAUUCGCUACAGACAUUUCCUGCCCUCAGUGCAGAGAGAUCUUUCCCCAGAGGAACCUCAGGCCAAACAGGCAGCUCAGGAAUAUUGUGGAAGCAGCCAGAGAAUUCAGGUUGCAGACAGUGAAGGAAUCAGAGAGACUGUGUGAGAAACACAAGGAGCCUCUAAAACUGUUCUGCAAAGAGGAUGAAAUCCCCAUCUGCCUGGUGUGUGACAGAUCCAAGCAACACAGAGAUCACACCGUCAUUCCUGCAGAGGAAGCUGUGGAAGAAUUCAAGGAACAGAUUCAGGACCAUUUGCAAACUCUGAGGGAAAAGACAGAAAAGCUUCUGGGAUGUAAAGUGAGAGGAGAGAAGAGAAUCCAGGAAUACCUGCGAAAGACACAAACCGAGAGAAAGAAGAUUGUGUCUGAAUUUCAGCAACUGCGGUGGUUCCUGGAGAAACAAGAGCGACUCCUGCUGGCCCAGCUGGAGAAGCUGGACAAGGAAGUAGUGAAGAUACAAAAAGAAAAUAUCACCAAACUCUCAGAGGAGAUUUCCCAUCUCAAUGAGCUGAUCAGUGAGAUGGAGGGGAAGUAUCAGAAGCCAGCAAAUGAAUUCCUGCAGGAUGUCAGAAGCACCCUCAGUAGCCGCAAGAAGGGGAAGUUCCAGGAGCCAGAGGAGAUUUCUCCUGAACUGGAAGUGAGACUCAGUGAUUUCUCCCAGAAAACUGUUGCUCUAAUGGAGACUCUGAGGAAGUUCAAAGACACUCUGCCGUCUGCACUGGAAAAAAAAAGAGGGGAAUCCGAAGGAGCACACAGACAGGUGAAUGUGACUCUGGAUCCAGACACGGCUCAGCCCCACCUCGUCCUGUCUGAGGAUCGGAAACGUGUGAGAUGGGGAGACACGCGGCAGCAACUGCCCAACAACCCUGAGAGAUUUGACUAUUUGCCCUAUGUGCUGGGCUGUGAGGGAUUCACCUCGGGGAGACAUUGCUGGGAGGUAGAUGUGGGGAGUGGGCCAUAUUGGGCUGUGGGGGUGGCCAGAGAGUCUGUGGAGAGGAAGGGAGUGAUCAACCGUAGCUCUAAGGCGGGGAUCUGGGCCCUGGAGUGGUACUGCGGUCAGUUCCGGGCUCUCACUUUCCCUGUGACCCCCCUGCCCCAGGGCUGGUUCCCCAGCAGGAUCCGGGUUUGUCUGGACUGUGACCGGGGGCAGGUGACAUUUAUCAAUGCUGGUGACGAGGCCCCGAUCUUCAGUUUCCCGCUGGGCUCCGUCCCUGGCGAGAGAAUCCGACCCUGGCUCUGGGUGGGGUCAAAAUCCUGGCUCAGCCUGUGUCCCUGAGAUACGGGUGGGGGGUGGGGGGAAUAUCCCACUGGGACCCUGAAAUCAGCCUAUCUAGCCUCACACGCCCUAGUCUCUAUGACCUCUCCUUGUGGACUUUCUAUCACACCAUCUCUCUGACCCUGGAGGUUGCUUCCGGUCUCAACUCUGUGCAGCCCCUGGACUGUCAAACCAUAGAGAGCAUUGAGUGAGUCAGAUAGAGAAGCCAAUCUCAUCACUGCCCCAUGGAUUGUGCAGCCUGUUUGCCACUGUCCUCUAUGAUACAGGAGGACUCUGGGGAUCCUGGGUCAGACAGUGUGACUGAGGCAUAGGGAGGAAAAGCCCACUGGGAAUGAAACUUGGGAUGAAAAAAUGGGCUUCUCUAGCCACAGUCAUCCUAAUUUCUAUGACUUGGGGGAUUCCCAUCUACCCAGCAUUCUGGCUCAUCUCUAUGCCUCUUGUGCACCCCUGUCUAUCCAACCCCCACCUCUCCCCCAUACCUCAUCUCUGUGGCCCCAGGAAGCCCCCCCCCCUUCAUAGAAUCAUAGAAUAUCAGGGUUGGAAGAGACCUCAGGAGGUCAUCUAGUCCAAUCCCCUGCUCAAAGCAGGACCAACACCAACUAAAU